AUGCUAGCGAGGGGUUUCCGCCCCGGGGGCGAGAGCGCCGCCAGUAACGAGGACGGGGUCGAGGGAGAGGUUGGCGGCGAAGGCGACUUCGACGACGGGUGGGAGGAGGGCGAGGGGCAACAGGAGGAGGAGGAGGUGGAGUGGUACGAGGACACGCCCGGCGACAUGGGCCGCUUGGGGUGGAGCCAGGUCUGGAGGAGGGGCGACGUGACGGCGGCUGCGGCGGGGGCGGGUGAGGGCGACGACGACGGGGACGGCCUGGACAAAGGCUCGAGGGUGUUGGCGAGGAAGUGCCGUAAACUCCUCCUCGCCGACACCGCUGGAUCAGCUCCUUCUUCGGAGAGCGGCGACGAGAUCCUCGGACCGAAGGGGCUGAGUGCGCUGCUCCGGCUGGAGCUGACGGGAGCGGUUUCCAUGGAAGGCGUGCUUGUGUCGGCGCUGAGGGGGAGGUCGUUGAAGCGAGACCACGGGUUUCUCGGCCGCUUGGCGCUGCAGCUCCUGUCGGGGAUCGACGCCGCACAUGCCUCGCCUCUGUCCGACCCGGAAGUGCUAAGCCUGGUCGUGGAAGAGCUGGAGGGCCUUGCGGAGAUACUGGCGGCGCCAUCGACGACGGAGCAGCUAAGGGUCUUCGGCUGGGCCAGGGAGACCCGCCUCGCCCUGGAGCUCUUGUCGGAGACCCUCCUUGACUGGAUGGAUGAGAACCAGGCCAAGCGCUCCUCCGGGGUCGGGGAUGCCGUGAACGGGGACGAGGAGAACGAUGACCCCGGGGGUUACUCUUCCAUGAGCUUCGGAAGCAGCAAGAAAAAGAAAAAGAAGAAAGCGAAGGCCAAGGGCGUUGGCGGGGGCACUAGCGCUGGGAGUUCGACCGCGAAAGGAGGCGUCCGCGAGGAGGGGGGAGGGGACGCUUGGAGGGCGGAGGCGGAGGCUACGGUGUUGUGGUGGUGGGAGACGGACGAGGAGGCGAGGGUUCCUUGGGCCGUGGCGAGGCUUCUCGGCCUGCUGCUCAGGCGGCUGGACCAGCCCCAGCGCACCCAAGCCGUGCUCCACCCCAUCCUCGUACGCUCCCUGGGGGGACCCGCGCGCCUGCGGCGCUUCCCCCUGGCCUUCCUCGAAGCCUUCCCGGGUCUCCUCCUUCGCUCAUCGCCCACCGCCGCCGGAGCCCCCGCGAACGGUCGGUACUGGGGGGGACAGGAGGAGGAUGGGGCCAAGGUUGAACGGGGUGAUGGUGUCUUGGCUCCCGGGCUGUGGCGGCGGGCUGUGGCGGCGGUUUUGUUCCCGCCGGCAGCGGGGGGCGGUGUCAAUAGCGGUGGUGGUGUGGGCGGGGAGAGCGCGGGUGUUGUUGGUGGCGGCGGUGGGGGUGGAGAUGGGGCCGCGGUUGUCUCUGCGCGAUUGAAGCUGGUGUGCUUCGGUGAUGUGCGGCGGGGGCAGCAGCGUGAAGGCGGAGGGCCGGAGGAGGAGACGGCCGACGACCUGGCCGACAAGAUCCUGCAAGCCAUCGGCUCUCUUCACAGCAACCCCGGGGCGGAGGCAAAGGCCGAGGAGGAGGGAGGGUGCGCGUUGUGCCGGGGGGCCGGCGGAGGGGGUUACAGCGGUGGCGCCUGUGGGGGCGACGAUGCGCUCGCGAUGUCUUCGGGGCUUGUCUUUGUGGCACGGGGGGCGAAGGAGGAAUUUCCUGGUGAGCUUGCCGUUCCAAGGGGGCGAGGGGAGUCCAUCGCGGUGGAGGCGGUGAGGGCGCUCGGGCUGCUGGGGGUCGGGGUGGAGAGCGGCGGGUUUCCUGUCUUGCGGCGUUUGGUACUCGCCAUCCGCCGCCCCGGCGUCUGCCAACGUGCGGCCGCUCUGGCUUGCCACGUGUUGGCUCAGUGUGCCGCCGCCGGGCGUGGAAGUAGCGGAGGCAGGGUCGUUCGGUCCGCGAGAGGUCUGGACAUGCGCGCCGCCAACGCUGCGAGGGCCCUGAUGGACGCCUUGAGGCCGGACUCGGAGGCGGAAAAGUGGGAGGCUGGGCAGCUGGACGAGGACGUCAAGCUACCCUUUGGCGCCAGGGCACAGGCCGCUUCUGCGCUCCUGUCUCUGCUCGAGGGACGCUACGGAGAGUCCGCAGCCGAGAGCGAGCGGACCAUCGUAGAGUGGGCCCAGAGACUGAAGCCGGAGGAGCGCCUGUCGGCGCCCCUGCCGCUGCUCCUGUCCAUCACGGCCACGCUGUCCCGCCCUCCGGCCCACGUCAUCAACCUCGCAAGACGGCCCUUCAGAUGGAAGGCAGUUUCAGAUUCGGCGAGGCGGCAGGGAGUGUGGCUCCACCGGCACGAGGCUGUCGACUGGAAGGCUGUGGAGGCUUCGUCCAUGAGUGCGAAGGGGUGGAUCAGCGACAAGGAGGUGGCGUUGACUUGGGCCACGGAGCUCAACACCAUCUACGACAAGGACUGUGAAAAGGAGACCACCCACGUCAUGCACCCUUCGGAGCGAGCGUGCGCCGCGAGCCACUUGGACCUCUGGAGGCGCCAUCGAGACUCAAAGCUGGCGCCCUUCAUGCCGGAGGUGCACCCUGACGCCGUUCUCAUUCUCGAAGAUGACGCCAAGCUCGAGCCCGGGUUCUUGGAGGCUGCCAAGGCUACAAUGCUACAGGCUGCAGCCAUGGACACAGUGCGAAAGAAGAAGUCGAUCGGACUCUCCAAGGAGUGGGACAUCAUCUACCUUGGCCACAUUCUCCCCGUUCCCAUCAUGGACGGCAUAGCCAGGGCCUCAAAAACCAAGAAAAACGCGGCCAACGGCAACGGCGGGGUGGAAGAAGGAGGAGCGGCUACAGACACCGCAACAACGACGGCCGGGGCGCCAGCAGGGGACACCGCCGCCGCUGAUGCUGGUGCUGGUGCUGCAGCGGCGGCCACCGCUCUGGGGCUCGUGGUCGCCCCCGUGACCUUCGCCUGGGGCCUGCACGCCUACCUCCUCACCCGACCGGCGGCAACUCGCCUGUCCAACAGCCUCCCGGUGUCCGCCCCCGCCGACAUCUUCGUCGCGAGCAUGCUGACGAGCACCGACAGCGGCAGGCCGGUGCUGGCCGGCCGGGCCGUGCUGCCGGCCCUUGCGACGACGGCGGGUGGCGGGGGCGCCGGAGAAGCGGCGCUAGCGGCGGCGCUUGGCGGGGGGGGCGGCGCCGCCGACGACGAGAGCGUCGGAGACGUUGUGUCCACCGGGACGCGCAGGGCGGGAGCGGCCAACGGCGUUCGGCUGCCGCCGGGGAUGGGACCGGGGGCAGCGAGCCGGGGCCGUAGGGGCGGUGGCGGUGGCGGCGGCGGGGGCGCGCCGUGA